AUGGCUGAGAAUCCAGAGGGAACUGUUGUUGAAUUCAAUCCAUUACAGACUCCAGUCCAGAAUAACGAUAUUCAGAUAGGAUUUCGUGACUUUGUUAAGUAUUUAACAGAUGGAUAUUACGAAAAGGAUAUUCAAAAGCAGUUUCAUGACUUAUCUGAUGGAAUCACAGGUCUCAAUAACAAGCUUGAGAAAGAACUCUUUAGAGUUCAGAAUGCUCUCGUUGCAAAUCCAUCAAAUACAAUUCGAACAUUACCUCUUUUAGCAGGAAGAGAAGUCGAAUGCAUUUCAACAGUUCAACCAGCAGCAUGGAUCAGUGGCGUUGUUGGCGGCAUGUAUGAUCCAGUUAAAGAUUUUAUCUGUUUAAAUUGCGUCGGUCAUUGGGAAGGAAAAGCAAGAUCCCUUAAUCACUAUCUAUGGAAAUCAAUAACAACUCCAUGCUUUUGCGCUUUUCAUCUUAUUGCAUUAAUCUCGAUCAUUUUAGGCAUUUUAUUUGCAUAUUUGAAUCCAAAUAUUAAGAAUAAUAACCUCUCUGAGAUAAAAUCAAUUAUUAUUGUAUCUGUUAUUUCCGUAAGCUAUGAUUUAGGAUGCGUAAUUAUUUUACUCAUGUUGGAAACAUUUUCACCUGAUGAUCCUGCUCCAUUUGAAGCUUCACAAGUUCAAGAGCAAGUGCAUCAAGUUAUAAAUUCUGCAAUUGAAUGCAUUGCAGUUGAAAUUUCUGAUGAACAUAAAUCACUUGCAACAAAUGAAAUGGAAAUGAAGAAUCCUCAACUUGUUGGCCAUUUCGUCAUGGUUUUCUUCUAUGAAACCGGCAAAACUGUCCUUGCAAACCUUCUCAAGCCAACUGGAAUCUUCUCUGAAAAGAACAUUCAGACAAUUGAAUGGCCCGAAUUCGAACGUUUUCUUUCAUUGUUCAGAUUCCUCCGUGAGUUCUCUGAUGCUGAAAUCCUUACAUACGAACCUAUUCCAGAUUUGACAAGAAAGAAAUUUUUCAAAGCUCUCAUUGUCGCUCUUGAACGUGGUCAGCCAGAAGUCCACUUCCAACUCCUGAGGUUGCUUGCUCUCGCACUUGAGCCACCGAAUAUCAGAAUGCAACAUGUCGAAAAAGACAAACAUGAUAUUAACAUGAAUCACUAUCUAACAACAAACUCGGUUCGAUCUCUUGUUCAUGAUCUCAAAAUUGAUCUUAUCAAAUGGAAGGCUUCUAAGAAUCCUCUUUCAUAUGGUUCAAUUGAGAAUCAGGCCAGAAUCGAAGUCAUUGUUGCAAAGUCAUCAGACGAACAACUUGUUACCUUCAGAUCUCAUGCUUCAAGAUUCAGCUCAACUUAUACCGAAUUAGGAUGA